GAUCUGCUAUUAUUUGACGUUAUAUUCUGUGAUGUAGCAGGGAGCAGUGAGCAUGACGGUUUGAGUUGUCCGCUGCCUUCGUUUGUUACCGACGAUACACUGGUGGCAAUGCGCAGCGCACUUCGUGAGCGAGGUGUUCUUGUUUUAAAUUUGGUAUCCCGAAACGAGGAACUUGCUGAACAAAUCAGGACGCGAAUCUCGACCUUUUUCCAGCACUAUUUUGUUCAUUGCUCUGAGGAAGACCUUAAUGAGGUCUUAAUUUGCCCGAAAAUUCGAAAAAGCUUAUCGGAGGCACGAAAAGCUUGUGAGCAUUUAGAAAAUGAAAAGGGUUCGCUUGGAAAUUUGUUCUCAUGUGUUUCAUCGCUGACGGUCCAUAAAGAAUGGGAAGGUUGA